UACAAGUUAUGUUUUCUAAUUAAUAUUAUUAUCUCGCAGAUAGAGAAAAUUUCUAGUAAAAAUAGAGGGUACGGGGCAGAGAUGACAGUAGUUACUUAUUGCCAGAAUAGGAAAGAGAGUGAUGACAGAUCAAAGUUUAGGAUUCUUCUUAGUUUUGGACAGCAUGGUAGGGAGCUCAUUACCACUGAGCUAGCAUUGCGGCUCCUCUCUAUUUUAAGUGAAGAGGAAUUCUUACCCAACAUGGACCGUGCUGUAUUAAAUAAGACUCUUAAUAGGCUUGUUAUAAAGGUUGUACCGAUGGAAAAUUGGAAUGGCCGCAAACUUGUUGAAGCAGGAGAACUGUGUGAGAGAAGAAAUGGAAGAGGAGUUGAUCUCAAUCGAAAUUGGAGUGUAGACUGGGGCAAGAAGGAGAAGGAUUAUGAUCCAUAUGAAGAAAAUCCUGGGACUACUCCUUUUAGUGAGCCUGAAACUCAAAUAAUGCGGAAACUCUCUGUCUCAUUCGAACCACAUGUUUGGGUUAAUGUGCAUUCUGGAAUGGAGGUGAGUCAUACUUCUAAAUGCAAAUAUCAUCUCCAAUGCAAAAUGUUUAAUAUAUACGCAAUACAUAUACAUAUUCUUCACCCCAAAAGUUUUUUGACCCCUGAAAAA